AUGGAUGAUUAUGGUGUAUUGGUAGAUAAUGUCUUAAAGAUAAGGCUCAAGUACUUGCUGAAUUUCACUUUGGCAUGUCUCAUAGUUCCUAGCUUGCUCCUUUGUCAACUUUCAUGGAAAACAUCGUUAUUAUUAUACACAUUAUUCACGACAAUUUGCUCGAUAUUUAUCCUAUUCAGAUACGCCUUUUUGAAGAAACUUAUCAACUAUAACAAUUCCACUUUGUCGUAUUUUAACGUGAAGAAUGCCUUGAACCUUAAUGCAGUUUCCUUGACAAUCUACCUUAUCAGUGUUGUGGUGUCGUUAUUUUAUUUUGGCGUGAUUGGCAGUUUAUACUUUGAUGAUUUACAUUUCUUGAACCAGGCUAAAAAGCACCAGAAACCAACGAUCAACAGUACAUUCCUCUAUUUUUACUCAUGUGCCAUUGCCAACGGGUUUUUCAAUGGGUUCUAUUCUUUGUGCCAUAAUGAACAAAUAUUGAGUAUUGAUUUCACCAGAUUCCAUGUGACUUCCAAAUCAUUGUUGCAAACGUACCUUGAUCCAAAGAAUCUUUCAAAAUUCUUGCAGAAUUACCUUCAACUGCUCUUGGUGUUUCUUGCAGGCCUCAAAUGUUUCCUUUACUUUAUCAACAUCAACCAAAUUGUUAGUAGUUGGGCGUCCUUGGUCACUAACGUAGAUUCGUAUUCUCGGAAUAGUCUUUUUGAUGUCAGUGUCAUUUUUACCCUCAAGAUCGUUAUAUUCAGCGUGGUGUUGAAAUGUUUGUGCUACAUUGUCGCAUAUUGCGUGUUCAACUCUUACAUCUUACUUGGUGGUUUGCAUUUUGGCCAAUUGAUUUCUAAUUACUCCAACGUUAACAAUUCUCAGGCCGUUAAUUUCUCACUAUUAUUCAAUGGAUUAAAGGAUACUAGUAAAGACAGGUUGAUCAAGAUCACCAUCUUGCAAGAACUUGGAUACAUGGCAGUGAGCAAAAAACCGGAAUUUUAUGGUAAAUUCAUCUCUUAUUACGGUGAGUUUUUCAAUAGUGUGGAACAUAUUGUCAAGGCCAAUGUUGAUAGCUUAAAUUCUAAAAUGAAAAUUAAAGUUGAUGAAAAGAAACCGCCAGUUAAAAGUUUGGAAACGUUAUUGAAAAACGACGAUAAAAAGGUGAAAAUUAAUGAAAAAGACAUGUUCAAGCAAAAUAAGACAUCAUUUUUUUGGUCGACUUUGGACUCUAUUUCCAUCAAGUUUGUUGCGUCAUUACAAGAUAAAGAAUCUAGUGAAUCAUUUGGUGUUAUUGCUUUCAUGAGGGGCAAAGUUGCCUUUCUUUGCAAGAUGUGGAAUCAUGUCAAGACAAUUGUCUUGGUCUAUCUCAAUAUCAACAGUUUAGAGCAAAACUUACAAUUGAUAGAUGCCAUCCAAUUGUACUACUAUCUUUCAACAUUUACCUUAGUGGUGAAAAAUUCACAUAUCGACCUCAAAUUAAAUAACAAAAUACUUUCCAAUAUUGACCAAGUAUUAUCAUUGUUGCAACAAUCCAUUCAGUUCAGUGAACAGUAUAUGAUUUACAACAAGAUCGAUUUUGAUCAUGUCAAGCUCAGAGAUGCCAAGAAGAAAUAUUAUAAACCACUUCAUCACCAAUACACUAAUCAAUAUUUGGUGCUCAGAAUACAUAAACUAUUAAUGACUUGCUUUGUCGAGUUGAUCUGCAAGUACAGUGAUAUUUUGAGUGAAUUGAAUGUCAGUCCCGAAGUCAUGAAAUUGUCAAAUAAGUGCUUCAAAGACUUGGAAGCCCAAAACAAGGGCGGGAAUCAACCACUGCUGCUGCUUGACGAGGGUAAUGGUAGUAUACUUGAACAUACCAUGUUGGAGAUCAAUUUAUGA